AUGGAGAAUUAUUUCUCUGUUGCUUUAGUGAAUUCACCUUCCAUGAUGUUGUGGCAUUACCUUCGAUCUUAUCCUAGCAAUCUUAAUAGCCCUUCUUUCUCACCAAUAAAAAAGCCUUGCUAUGAGAUUGGAGAGGGAUCUUCUUCAAAGGUUUCUGUGAGUAGGUCGGUUCUCAGGGAAGGCCCGUUUCCAUUUCUAGAUAUGACUCGUCACCCGAACCAAUUGAUUAACUCUAACCCAUCCUUUCAUAUGCUGAUAGAAGAACCAGAUUCAGAAAAUUCUAGCAACGACUCUAAUUCUCCCACUUCUCUUCCUCUAGCCAUUGAUAAAUAUGCAUCCAAUCUAAAAGGUGAUGAAGAGCAAUUUUUGGAUAAUGGGAAUCUGGAAUCACGCUCUGCUGAAGCAAUGAACCAACCAACAAAGAAGCAGGUGAAGGACUCCAUGGUAAAUGUCACAGGUAGGUUCGAACACAUGGAAACCUCGGAUCUGAAUAAGGAUGUUGGAGAGGUUUUGGCAGCAACUGAGGCGUGGAAAUGGGGACUACAACUUCAAGCUUCCACUAUCAGCAUUGAAGCUCACAACACCAACCUGAUUAGACUCAUCCUAGGUCUUCACAGCAGUAUGGACUGGCGUGCAAAAGCUAUCUAGGAAGAUAAAAUCUCAAAUUUUUUGGUUGCUCUACCUUCUUCAAAAAUUUUUACUUAUGUUUCAACUAGAAAACUAGUAAACCGGGCAGCAAUUGCAUUAGCAAAUGCCACUGCUAAUGCGACAGCAACACGUAACUACAAGGGUUA